AUGACUAAGAUGGAUGUUGAUGGCACUACGGGAAUUCACUUUGAAGAAGAUAUAAUCACGGAAAUCCUCAGUAGGUUACCUGUCAAGUCUCUUUUUCGAUUCAAAUGCGUUAUAAGGUCUUGGAUGACAUUGAUCUCCAAACCUUACUUUGUGAAGAAGCAUCACAAUCAUUCCAAGAAUAACCAAAAUUCCCAAAAAAAUUGUCUUCUUACCGAAAAACUUUCAUCCUUCUACCAGUAUGAUCCUUCUUUGGCAUUAGCUUCUUUAUCGUCAGUUCAACUGGUUGAGGACGUACAACAAGUUGAUUGGCCUUUUACCGGUAACGUAAAGAGUUGCAAAAUGUAUUGUUAUGAUGGCUUGGCUCUUAUGGGGGUUAGUAAAUAUAAUUAUUUUCUUAACAUGAGACUUUGGCUAUGGAAUCCCUCCACAAGAGAAUCAAUAGUACUUCCUCGUACAAGAUUUUCACAUGGAAUAGAUUUUACUUGCGGAUUGGGAUAUGAUUCAACUAGUAAUGACUAUAAAAUCUUUAAGCUAAAUGGUGACAGAUCACACAAUGAAAUUCUCGCGCUGAAAAGUGGUUCCUGGAGAAAAAUUGAUAAACAUACUGCUGGCAUUUAUCCCGUCUGGCGGUCUACUAUGGACUCUCCGGCAUUUCUACAUGAUGCAUUUCAUUGGGUUUGCUCACUGAAGAAGUCUGUGGUUUCAUUUAAUAUUUCAAAUGAGGUGUACGCAGAAUUACCGAUGCCAGAUGUAAGGUUCGUGAUUUCCCGACAGUAA